AAAAAAAAUGAGAAUAGUAUAAUUUCAAUUGUAGUUACAUUAGCAUGGGAUUGCUCAGACCGGGAAGAACAAAAGAAACAUACUUGGUGUGAAAAUGGGUGUUGUUUCGACAAAGAUCCGGUCCGAUGCUGUACGUGGGCCGAGUAUGUCAUAUUUUACCGUUCAAAUUAUGUGUACGUGAGUGUUUGUCAAUGGGCUCGGUAUUUUGGACACUUAUGGGUCUAGGUGCGGGUAUGCUUUUAUUGUCAAUUAUUGUUGGUGUCGUGUGCUGCUUGCGGAAGAAAGAAGGGACCACAGGAGAAGUAAUCUCAUUAAGGCAGGAACCACCACGAGAAGGAUCAGCAUUGAAUUCAUUCAGCACGUCACCAAGAAAUACUCCACGAACUCCUACCGCACCAAAUAUUAAUUCUAACUUUACUCAUCACACAGAUAGAAAUGUAUGGACUUUAUCUCAGACUAAUGAAACCAGUUCAUCAAAUGGUAAUUUAAGACAAUCAACUAAUAGAGCAACAUCACCCAAUCAUAAUAUUAACAGUGUAACAAAUAAUACAAAUACAGGCACAGGCCAGCAGGCAAGGUCUCAGCUUAAUGCGCAAAGAAACACAGAACAGCCGCCAUCAUAUGAAAGUUUACCACCCUCGUAUUCAAGUUUGUUUAACGCCAACAGUUGAUGAGCAGUACGGGCUCGCACUAAACAAAUCAGUACCAAAAGCGUGUUCUGUACCUGAUGUAAUAAAGUUCAGUAUAAACUAUGAAUAAGUGCUUAUAUGCAUUCAAUAUUCAGAAUCGAGCAAUUAGUUUUUAAUUUAAAGAGCAAUUCUGUGAUACAAAUUUAUUAUGAUGACAUAUCAUUGAAAUGAAAUAUUUGAAUAGAUGUAUUUAUGAUAUAAGUUAUAAUCUAAGGUAUGUUUGUCAAGUAAUAUGACUCGUUAUAUACGGCUGUUACGAGUAACAUAAGAUAUUAACCUGUUAACCAUUUUUAACACUUCAUCUGAUAUAAACGUCUUAUCAUUUGCCAAUGGAAAUUGACGUUACAAACGGGCAGUGCUUUAAGUAAAUGACUUCGUUUCUAUCUCGUUAUCUUUUUUUAUGCAUGCUGAUGUUAUUUUAAUUUUUUUUAUAUUUUCAUAUUAUGAAUGAUUUGAAUACAAUGUUAGUCAAUAUUUUGUUAUGAUUACUAUGCAUUGAUUGUUAUCUAUACAACUUUGAAUUAUUCCGUACAUUACGUGACUCAGUGUUGUGCUUUAUGCAGGAUUUUGAUAGACUUAGCAAUCUUAACAGAUGGCUUUGCGACAUAAUGUUUAAAAAUAUUUUCCAUGAGGUGUAUGCAAAUAAUAUAAGAUUUGAAUAUAUUUGUGUUAUUAAACAGUCAUUGUGUCAUC